UACUAAAUCCAACUUUACCAAAAUAGCUGUGAGCAGCAAGCAGACGGCGGCUGAGCUACAAUGCUCUCAGUCUUCAUCACCCGGGGAGAGGCUAAAAACGGAAGACGAAGCGAGACUUUAGUUUCAGAAGACAUACAUCUUAGUACCGAGCAGACACAAGACAAGCCGUGAGAGACCUGUGUGAGUGUUUCCUGUGUGCCGGGGACUGCUGUCGUAGAGCUGGGCUUGGACAGGACAGGGCGGGGUGAUGUUUAGGUUCCGGUAUAAAGACAGCGAGAAAAUGGGAACCAGACGAGAUGUGGAGUCGGCUGCCGACGCUGUCGUUUUCUUCCGGAGACUAGAAUGAUAAAUUUACCCUCCUGGUGUAACAGGGCGGCGGUGUAACCGUUUGAGGCCGCUGGCGGGGGAGAAGCGUGUCUCUGCGGCGCCCCUCCGCCUCUGUGCGUCGGUAAGAUGAGGACGCUAUUUACAUUCUGUUGUCUCUUCCUUUUUACCCGUGGAGCGGACCGGGCGUGGGCCACCGGAAACCUGACUGUCGAUAGCAGCAACGACACCAACCUGACGGCCGGCAGCAGCAGCAGUAGCAAGUAUAUCAGAAUAGGAGACGGGUCAUCGCAGGAAUUUGAGUUUCCAGAAAACACCAAUGGCGUGAUUGUAAUCUCCAGCCAGUACCGGAGCGCCGCGGCCAGCAGGAAGGGCCGACAGAGCUGGAAGCAGACGGUGAGAGUCCGGUCUAUGGACCCAGAGGUCCUCUCCAUACUUAAUGUGACGGAUAGUGGCCACGCAGGGUCAUCCAAGAGCUACAUCAUCAGCAUCCGCUCCGGGUUCCCAGGCAAGGCUCAGCUGGAGAUCCAGCUGCUGGACCUGGACCAGGAUUCAGUUCCGGUACUGAUUGAAGAGAGGACGGAUUACUCCAUCAAAGUGGCGCCUGGUAGUGAUGACCCGGCCACCCGGCUCAUCCAGUCGGGUGGUCUGUCCCAUUUCUCUGAGAACCCUGUGCUAUUUGCCUUGCUGCCCCUCAUCUUUGUCAACAAGUGUGCCUUCGGGUGCAAGGUGGAGGUGGAGGUUCUGAGGGGUCUGCUGAGGAGCCCAGUGCCGCUGCUCUUAGGGGUGCUGGGUCAGUUUCUAGUGAUGCCAUUGUAUGCCUACUGUGUAUCCCGGCUGGCCUUACUGCCCAAAGCGCUCUCACUGGGCCUGAUCAUCACCUGCUCUGCCCCAGGUGGUGGGGGUGGCUACCUGUACAGCCUGCUGCUCGGAGGAGACGUCACCCUGGCUAUCUCCAUGACCCUGGUCUCCACAGUGGUGGCGGCAGCGGCCAUGCCUUUGUCGUCAGCUCUGUAUGGUCGGUUGCUUGGCGUCCAUGCUGCCCUACACGUGCCAUUUGUGAAGAUACUCGGCACCCUCCUGUUCAUUGCCAUCCCCAUUUCACUGGGCAUGCUGGUCAAGCUGCGCCUGCCCGCUCUCACACGUGUCCUGCUGACACUCAUAAGACCAUUCAGCUUCGUGCUCAUCAUAGGUGGUAUCUUCAUGGCCUACCAAAUGGGUGCGUCCAUCCUGGCCAACGUGAAGCCGCAGAUCGUGGCAGUUGGGGUGACGGUGCCUUUGCUGGGGCUGGUCGUUGGGGCCGUACUGGCCAAGCUGGCAGGUCUGGCUCCACCACAGAGGAAGACGGUCAGCAUAGAGGUGGGCGUCCAGAACAGCCUGUUGGCACUCGCUGUCAUGCAGCUGUCCUUCCGCCGGUCGGAGGCCGACUUUGCUUCCCAGGCACCCUUCAUCGUGGCCCUCAGCAGCACCUCUGAGAUGCUGCUCAUCGUUCUGGGGUACUUUGCCCAGCGAAGGUUGUGUGGACCUGCCGUCCCCAGGAGUGACGCUUGAUUGUAGCCGCGGUUUUUUUGCUCCGAACUUUUUGAAGAAUGAACCCUUUCAAUCCUGUGGAAAUUUUGGUGUCCCACACUUUUGGCUACGAGACACCCAACAAUCACCAAUCCAGUAAUCACUGUUGUGGGUCACAGGACAGUGAAUGAAUUUUAUUGUGUUUUGUUGUUUUUUUCGUAUUUUUCAUGAAAACCAAAGGCCUUUUACCCCUCUGAGACCUUUUUGUGUUUAUUUUACAGUAUGUACUUUUUAAAAUCAGAUUAUACUGUGAGGUACUUAAUGUAAAUAUUCCUAAAAAGAGAAAUACCUAUAAAAGAAAAGAUAUUUUUGUACCAGAUUACUUUUUGUAAUCAAAAAGCAAAGAUUGAUUUGCAUUAUGUUUACAAGAGGUCCAUGUGUCUUAGCCUGGGGGAGAAUUUUGGGAUGUUAAAUGGAAUUGUUCGUAAAAUCAAACAAGAACAUAAUGAUGUUUUGAAAGUAUUUGCUUCUGAUUGUGUUUCCUGGAUCUGCGAAUCCAUGUACUUGAACAUUAGAGAGGAGAAAUGAAGAAAAAGUAAAUAAAGAAAACUGUUAAAACUGG